AUGUCAAAAAUUUGGCACAAGCCUUUGCACACCCGUAAAGUAUGGAAACAAAAAUCAUUUUGUGGAAAAAUGAUCUACUACAUGAGGCCAUUUGUUGAAAAUAUAAUUGAAGUGUGGUUGGAACCACUGCCAUUUCCAACAAUUUUCAAAAUAUUGUAUACUUUUGUAUUAACAACUAUUCUAAUGCUGCCAAUUGUAUAUCCGAUUAUUGCAAUUUUAACAUUUUAUGGAAUUGUACAAUAUUUUGUGCAAAGUGCAUUGGAGUUAAAAUUUCCUAAUAUAUUGGAUUUGAUAGCAUUUUUGGAAUAUAUAUUUUGUAUGCAAAUACCCACCAAUGACGACUAUUAUGAACAAUAUUUCAUUUUGUAUAUAAAUAAAUAUCGUUAUGGUAUUACUGCUUUGGCUUCGUGCAUCGAUUACAUACGUUUGGCUUUAACCUUGGUAUUGUCAUAA